GAUUGGGUUAGUCGUCACUCGAUCCCGAAUCGGUCCGACUCGAUCCGGAUCAACAGUUUUAUCCCGCGUUCACGACCAGAUUGCGGCGAAACCUAAACCCUAAAAACCCAGAGAUACCGCCGCCGUGGCCGUUGCCGUGGGUGGGCGAGAUAUCAAUGGGGAAGAAGAGGAAGGUAAUUCUGCCACCCGACCUUCCGCCGGAGGUCGCGGAUAAUGAUAUUGAAGUUUCUGACGAGGAUCUCGAGUUCAUUGGCCAGAAUCGUGAAUACGCGGGGUUCCUCACCAAACUCGACACAAAAUCGAUCGACAGGCAUGUUAAACGUGUGGCUGGUCAUGAGUCUGAUGAUUUGGAGGCUCUAUAUGAGCAGCGGAAAAGAAAAGCUUCCUUACUAAAACGAAAUGAUGACGAUGAUAAACUUCAGGUGGAUCCUGUUGAUGCACUUCCGGUGAAGACUCUCGAUGGAAAAUUGGAGUAUAGAACAGUUGAUAGAACAAAAUCAGAGGCAAUAACUAAUGAAAAGGAUAACACAGAAGAAAAUGAGAAAGAUAUGAGUGUUGUGAAGCUUACAAAGAAAGAAAAAAGGCUAAAAAUAAAAAAGAGCAGAAAGGAGGCUAAGAAGGAAGCGAAGGUGGAAGAAAAAGGAAAUGUUGGUGUAGAAAAGCUACAUACUGAAGUCCUGGCAAAGGUUGAGGAAGACCUUUCUGCUGAAGAGUUGUUUAGGAAAAAGAAGAUUAAACUUGCAGAAAUUGGAUUGCAGUUGCUUGAAAAUCCUGAGGAAAAUAUCAAAUCUUUGAAGGAACUGCUGAAGAAUUGUGAUGAUGGUAACCAAAAUAUAGUGAAGCUUGGACUGAUGUCCUUGUUGGCUGUUUUCAAGGACAUAAUUCCUGGCUAUCGUAUAAGGUUGCCAACUGAAAAAGAGAUGGAGAUGACUGUUUCUAAAGCAGUACUCAAGCAGCGUUUCUACGAAUCUACACUUUUGAACUCAUACAAGGCAUACCUUGCGAAGCUGAUAGCAAUGGAGAAGAAGCCCUCACUACGUCAAGUUGCAGUUCGCUGUCUGGCCAGUUUAUUGGAUGCUGUUCCACAUUUCAACUACCGUGAAAAUAUUUUAGCCAUUGUUAUAAAAAAUAUAAGCUCCCCAGACGAUACAAUAAGAAAACUGUGUUGCAAUGCUACAAAAUCAAUCUUUUUGAACGAGGGAAAGCAUGGGGGUGAAGCUACUUUUGAAGCAGUGCGAUUGAUUGCCCAGCAGGUCAAGAUUUAUGAGUGCCAACUACAUCCUGACAGUAUAGAAGUCCUUUCGUCUUUGACAUUCGAUGAGGACAUUGGAAAACCAGACACUCAGGCGGAAGCAGUCAAAAUAAAGAAAAAGGGGAAGUGGAAAACUCCAGAUGGUUCGAACAAAUUACAAGGCAGUGAAAAAAAGAAAACCAGGCAGGAAUCGCUGGCAAAAACAAGGGAAGAGGUUACUGCAGAUUUCAAGUCUGUUUCAUUUGCUCCAGACUCGAGAGAAAGAAAAAGGAUGCAGUCUGAAACUCUCUCUGCUGUAUUUGAAAUAUAUUUCCGUAUUUUGAAGCAUAGCACAGAUUCUCAUGCUUCAAGGUCCACAACUGAUGCUGCUUCUUUCUCCCAUGGUUCUAGCUCACUCCCUUUGCUUGCUCCAUGCUUGAAAGGCUUGGGAAAAUUUUCACAUUUGAUUGAUUUGGAUUUUAUGGGAGAUCUUAUGCGAUGCCUAAAGCAACUUGCUGGUUAUAGUGACCAUGGCACAAUUCAAAAUCCCUUGUCAGUUUCAGAACGCCUGCAGUGCUGCAUAGUUGCUUUCAGGGUGAUGAGGAAUAAUCUUGAGGCAUUGAAUAUAGAUCUGCAAGAUUUUUUUGUCCAGCUAUAUAACCUUCUUUUAGAGUAUAGACCAGACAGUUGGUUUUCUGCUAGCAGAGAUCAGGGUGAAGUGUUAGCUGAAGCUUUAAAGAUCAUGCUUUGUGAGGGAAAACAACACGACAUGCAGAGAGCUGCAGCUUUCAUAAAACGCCUUGCUACUUUUUCAUUGUCCUACGGAUCUGCAGAGGCUAUGGCAGCCCUGGUAACACUAAAACAUCUGCUGCAAAAGAAUAGCAAGUGUCGGAAUCUCUUGGAAAAUGACGCCGGCGGUGGUUCACUUUCUGGUUUGGUUUCCAAAUACCAACCUGAUGCUACAGAUCCCAACCUAAGUGGUGCUCUUGGUUCUGUCCUUUGGGAGCUGAGCCUUCUGACGAAGCAUUACAAUUCGUCCAUCUCAUCCAUGGCAGCGAGCAUCAUGAGCAUGGGAAGCGUGAACCCUGCCCAGUCCCAGGUUUUCCUUUCCACUGCUUCCCCGCUGCAAGCAUUCAGAGACUCAUCAAUCUUAUGCGAGCUGUCCAAACCGACCAGCAAAUCUGCCACAAGUCGCCAAAAACAAAGAGAAUUGCAAAAGGACUACGUCCUUAUGGACCCUGAAGUGAUGCAGAAUGGAAAUCUGGUAGAUGAGGACGAGGUGAGAAGGAAGUUGGAGGAUCGAUUUGCGGUGCACAAAGUUAUUACAGAGAACGAGAGAUUGAGGAAAGAGUUGAAUCACACUUUGUCUUCGAUAAGCUUGUACGAAGAAUACAAUAGACAGAAGAAGCAAAAAAGAAGGAGAACCACUAAAAGAGUUUUGGGAGAUUGAUGAAAGAGUUGAACUAUACACUUUGUCUUCAAUAGACAGAAGAAGCAUAAAAGAAACUGAAUCGCUAGGAGUGUUUUGAGAGAUUUCUUCUGUGUUUUGGGAAAAUUGAUGUUUGUCACAAAAGCUUUGUUUUUCCACCUUAUUCUUACCUCUUCUCUCGAUCUCCAACCCUUUUUUCCGUUUAAGAACAGUAUGUUUGAGUUCUCUUUGUUACUCAUUGUUGAGAGACAAUUUCCAGAUGGAUAUGAUAGUUUAUGAGCAUUGAUUGAUGUCUAAAA